GUGGGGAUCAAUUCAAUCGCCACCAACUGACCAGUCAAACAGGUCCGGACCUUUUGGCCUUGCGUCGUUUAGAUGCUAUGAUGGAGACAGAGUCAGAUGGAGGUGAUGAGGAGAGUGUGUUCUCCUCCACCACAUGGACCAGUGGAGGGCUGCUGGAUGGGGAGGAGGAGGAUGAUGAUGAUGAUGGAACUCCCUUCUAUACACUCACAUCAGGAGAUAGUCAAGUAGAGACAGAAGCCAACAAGGGCCUACAGUUUGUGAGCAGAGGGAACAGUCACCAGCCUAUCCACAUUCCACUGGUACACCUGCUGCGCCGGGCACUGCUACAGCAUAACUGGCACCAGGCAGCACACGUCAUGGCAGCACUCUGCACCGAGUACAGGGAUGUAGGACAUGUCAUCUGGCAGGUUGGAUCAGAAGUGUUGUACAACCACCCUGGGACAGAGUCUAUUCACCUCCAGUCACAUGCAGAUAAUAUGGAGAAAGUGGUGACGCUGAAUCGUUUCCAAGUUCACCUGGAGUUCAUCUUCCACCUGCUGAGUAAGGGACAAUUAGAGGAGGCCUACGAAACAAUCAAGUCAGGGCCUCUGAGGAAGAAAGGGGCAGUAUAUUUCACCAAGGCUACUCAGCCCAUCUGGGUGCCUGUUGUUAAAGCCUACACAGGACUGAUAGAGUAUGGACUGUGGCUACAGGGGAGACAUAAAGUCAGCCAGCUACAGGACGUUAGUGGCCUUACAGGAGGGUACGACACACAGGAGUCAGUGAUGCUGGACUCUACCCUGACCACAUGUGAGGAGACAGUCCAGAGGUAUGCUGGCAAGGCAGAAGACAACUUUGAAGAUGUCCUGAAGGAGCCUGGCGUCUGGGACAUCUUCGUCGCAAAACAAGUAGAGAUGUUGGAGUAUUAUGACAGGACAGAAGAGGCUGGGAAGGUUCUACAGGGGUACUGGGAGAAGAACCCGGAAAAUCCAAAUGCACACAAAUAUUACUACUUCUUCCUGAGGAAACAUAAUAGUCCUGAUGAGCAAAAAGUCAAAGUGCUUAAGGAGCUGCAGAACAUAGUGCCAUCAGAUGAGCUGAUGUUGGACCUUGUUUGUUUAAAGCAAGAAGAAGAUUUAGGGGAGUGUCUACAUGUGCUGUUUGACCUUUUGGACCACCACUGUUGGAGUCAGGACAUCAGACCCUGGCAGAACCUGGCUGAUAUGCUCAGGAAGAUUCACACAAUACAAACUCCUUCCCUGAUGGACACAUUGGAGCAGUGUUGGUACAUCAGACAGGACUGGUGGCCUCCGUACCAUUUCCCCCCCUCCUCGGCUGAACACAUGGUCCGGUCCAACCCGGCACUGGCCCUGGUCAAAGCUGUCGUCUGCAGCCUCAUGUCAGCUGACAGAGGGUUUUCCCAAGCCGUAUCCGACCUUCUACAGCCAAGCCAAAGAUCUGUUGUGGAAGAGGCUGUUCAAAUUGGUGAUGCCUGGAGGAGAAUACAAGAUGGCAGGAGAAGGAGGAGCAGUAGCAGUAGCUUUAGCUCCAGUGGUCACAGGGACAGACACAGCACAAGCAGCAGUAGUAGUAGUAGUUAUAGUAAUAGUACCAGUGGUAGUAAUGUUGGUGGUAAUCAUUGUGCAAGCAGGAGAAGUAGCAGUAGCAGCAAUGGAAGCAGUAACAGUAGAGGUGCAUGUAGUAGGAAUAGUAGUAUCAGUAGUAAUGGUAGUAACAACAGCCACGUCAGCAAUGUAAGCAAUAUUUCAAACAGUAGUAGCAUAGAAGAGAAUGUAGUAUGGUAG